GGAACCAACGGCAUUCUAGAAUAAGCAUCAAAUCCAUUGGACGCCACCAUCGCGAUCAAAGCUUAUAAUACGCCUAGCUGCCGCCCCCAAAAGAUGAUACACUGCUUGUUCUUGUCCGGAGGAUGCGAUCGUCACGAUCGGGGCAGAGAAACACCAACAUUGCUUCAGAUUGAUUCUUGCAGUUGGGGGCUGCAGGGGCCGAGAAUCGAUGUUGUGGCGAGUCUGGACGGUAAUAUAAACCUCACCAGGAGGACUUGUUGAACACCGCUCGACAGACCCCCUUUGCCUUCUAUCAGUAGCAUCCUCAAGAUAAAACAACGAGCCCCAACAACAUGCUCACCAAAUCCCUCCUCGCUGCCCUCCCCCUGAGCCUCUGGGCCGUCGCCCACGCCGAAACCAUGAUGGAGCCCUUCGACAUCUUCAUGUCCUCCGACAGCACCGUGCAGUACGCCCGCGGCGACAAGGUCGACAACAACGCCAUCUGCCAGACGAUGGGCGACGGCGAAUACACGUUUUCGUUGCUGCUGGAACAGCAACUGGACGACGAUCGGGACAUGUGCGCCAACAGCACCGUGGCGAUCAUGGACAACGACUGCGUGAUCCAGGAUAUCCUGAAAUACCCCGACGAAGUGACCAACUCGCAGCUGGUGCCGCAGGACUACCCUUACACCAUCUUCGAGGAUUUCCUGCAGGGCGCGAUCGUGAUCGACGUCGGCCAGUUCUGCGAGCUGGCGGAUGAUAGCGACCCGCACGUUCAGUUCGGGUACAUGGGCAGCCAGUACAAGGCGAGUAACUCGGACUACUGCAAUUCGAUCGUGGAUUCGGACCAUGAGCUGUGGGCUUGCGGCAAGGCAUUCAACGUGGAGGGUGACGAUUAGGAAUUGAAUGAAGUUAGGAUCGAAAUGUCAAAUGUGACGAUCACUGUUAGAAGGGGAAAUUCUGAAUAUACUUAUAUACUAAGAAGGGAUAUAUGACAGGUUGAAUAGAAAUACAAUUUCGCCCGGCGAGAAGAAAAUAAGCAGGGGCCUGAUUAGUCCUCCUUUGGAGGUGUCGAUUACGAAGACUUGUUAGUGCUAGUCAUGAGGUCGGCAAUCUUCUCAGCCAGCAUGUCUGUCACAAAUGUUAGCACCGAU